AUGCCCGGCUCCGUCUCAGGCGACAUGGCUGGUGGCAUCCCGGCCAACGUGGAUGCCGCCGUUCAGCGCGGGCCGGUAUCGUGGCUCCGCAACGCCGGCAUCGUGAAGCUCAACUGCAUUCUGGUGCUGUCGCUGAUCUCGUCCUACGCCACGGGUUUCGACGGCUCCAUGAUGAACGGCCUGCAGUCCCUGGACACUUGGAAGGAGUCCUUCAACCACCCGGGUGCCAGCGACCUGGCGCUGCUCAACGCGAUCCAGAACGUCGGCCAGCUGGUCGGCAUGCCCUUCUGCGCCUGGAUCUGCGACACGUGGGGCCGGAAGCCCGCUCUCCUCGGCAGCGCCUGCGUACUGCUCGUGGGUGUCGCCCUCCAGACCGCCGCGCAGAACACGGGCAUGUUCAUUGCCGGACGGGGCAUCAUCGGGCUCGGGCUCGUCCUGAACAUCACCGCGGCGCCGCUGCUGAUCAUGGAGCUGGCGUACCCGACGCAGCGCGCGCCUCUCGUCAGCAUUUACAACAGCCUGUGGGGCCUCGGGGCGCUGGUCGCGGCGUGGACGACGUAUGGGACUUUCCGGAUCGGGAGCACGUGGGCGUGGCGGAUCCCGUCGCUGCUGCAGGCCCUGUCCAGUGUUCUGCAGCUGGGCCUGUGCUUCAUGGUCGAGGAGUCCCCGCGAUGGUUGGUGAGCAAGGAGAGGGACGAGGAGGCGGAGAAGUUGAUCGUCAAGUACCACGCCAACGGCGAUCUGUCGGAUCCUGUGGUGCCGCUGGAGAUCGAGGAAAUCCGGUCGGCGCUCCGUCUCGAGAGGGAAGCGUAUAAAUCGACCAGCUAUCUUGCCUUCUUCUCCACGCCCGGGAACCGGCGCCGGUUCUUCAUCAUCCUGGCCGUCGGCUUCUUCAGCCAGUGGAGCGGUAACGGCCUGAUCUCGUACUACUUGACCAUCAUCCUGAACUCGGUCGGCUACACGUCGCAGGACACGCAGACGCUGAUCAACGGGUUGCUGACGAUCUGGUCCAUGGUCUGGGGGCUGGCGUUCUCGCUGGUAGUGAACAGGUUUCGGCGACGCACCCUGUUCCUCCUGUCGACGGCCGGGAUGCUGGUCGUCUACGUAGUCUGGACGGCACUGGAGGCGACCUACGAGAUGUCGACCGACCUGGCCUCGGAUGGAGCAGACGGGCCAGGCGGGAUAGCCAAGGGAGUCGUGGCCAUGAUCUUCCUGUAUCAGUUUGUCUUUGCCAUCGGCUGGGGCCCACUGCAGGUGACGUACGUGGUCGAGAUCCUGCCGUACAACCUGAGAGCCCGAGGGUUGGUGCUGUACAACCUGUUUGUCGCGCUGGCCCUGAUAUUCAACCAGUACGCUAACCCCAUCGGAGUGACCAACUCUGGGUGGAAGUUCUACAUUACGUACGACGUGUGGCUGUUGGUCGAGUUGGCCGUGGUGUAUUUCUUGUUCGUCGAGACGGGCAAGAUGAGUCUCGAGGAGACGGCGGCCGUAUUGGACGGGGCCGAGAUGGAAGACAAGCUAGCCGAGGAGGUGAUCCGGAACACGGAGAAGACGUUGGGGCUGGCAAGGGUCACUACGGUUGCCGAGGGAGAGGUGGGGGCCAAGCCAUAA